UUAAACAUGGCGUGUCUGUUAACAGAGCCGUUGUUUGAGACGUCUGGAGGCGCUCCUUCACCUAACAAGAACUUUUAUCAUAUUGCUGUCACCAAGUCAGAUGUGAUAUGGAGAUGGUGGAAGAUAUCUCCGAGAUAUGUGGACAGGUACUCCAGGCCUGGGGAGCUGAAGGAGUCUCACCAGGACUUCUUGGAUGACACUUGGGUGCAGAGUGAGGUCAGUAUGGUUUUCGGUCGUCGAAUCUUGCAGUACACCAAGGCUUUGUGCCAAGGCCAUUAUGAUUAUCUGGAGCGCCUGUCUGACUCCUUAUUUCUGCGGAUAAUAAAUUAUCUAGAACUAGAGGAUGUGGGUCAGCUUGGACGAACGUCACGCAGGUUCAAGAAGCUAUGUGGGUCAGAGGAGUUUUGGGAGCAGGCAGUGGAGCGGCGCUGCAACACAGUGUCGGCCGAGGUGGCAGCUCUGGCGCUUGAGGUGGGCUGGCGAAGCAUCUUCUUCACCAGCAAGCUACAGCUGCAGAAGUUAAUCAGCCGCAGGAGGCUGAAGACUGAGGAGCAUCAAGAAGGACAAGUCUCUGACCCAGAUAUAAAGGCAGAGGAACCUCCUGAUGAAAGCUCAGAGACCGACCAGAAAUCCAGUUCUGAGGAGGAAUCUCACCGUAGCAUUAGCCCAGAUCUAAGCCUUGGCACUGAUCCUGGUACCCGCUCUGACAGCUGUGAUGUUGACCCUGACCCAAACUCAGACCCAGAGGCUGGCUCUGAUUCCAGUGUGCCUGUACCUUGCCAACUGUUUGAGGACAUAAAGAGCUGUGUGGUGGAAACGCCGGUGCAGAAUGGUGCACUGAGCUAUAGUAGAGGAGACUGCCAUGAUGCAGAGCCAGACAAAACAAUUAGUUAAUCCUUUUGCCAAAUAUUGGGGACGUUCAGGCUUACUGUUGGAUUGAUCUGCCAUUUAUACACAUUCCGCAUCCUAAAAGGAGUUGUGUAUUGAUUAUUUGAAGAAUUUUAUCUUUUAUUUGUCAAAUGUGGAUAUUUUUUUUUACAUUUGUUUGAUAUUGUUAUUGAGUUGCCAAUCCUCUACAUCAUUUUUGGGGACAUUUUUGUUAGUAUGUUCAGUGUGCCAUGACUUUUUAGACUUAGCAUACAUUAAUAACACAAACAAAAUAAUACAACAGGAGAAUAUUAAUUGUUCAUUGUAAUAUACACGUUGUUAUAUACAUUAUUGUAUGUUGUAGAUUUAAUAUUAUAUUUAAUAUGCAA